CCGGAGCCGCCCGCGGGCAGUUCCCCUGCGCCGGGGCGGGCAGCCCGUCCGCACCGCACCCGCCGCCUCCUGCAGCCCUCCUCAUGGCUACCAGGGUGCUGACCAUGAGCGCGCGCCUGGGUCCCGCGCAGCAGCCCGAGGAGCCGGUGUUCGCGCAGCUCAAGCCCGUGCUGGGGGCCAGGGACGCAGCGAUCUUCCCCGGGGACGACCUCAAGCAGCAGCAGCAGCCACCGCCGCCGCCUCAGCAGCAACCGCCACAGCAGCAGCAGCACGCGGGGGGCGGUGGCGGCGGUGCGACCCUGCCAGCGGAGGAGAUGGUACAGACAAGAUGUGAAAUGGAGAAAUACCUGGCACCUCAGCUCCCGCCUGUCCCCGUCAUCCCCGAGCAUAAGAAAUACAGAAGAGACAGUGCCUCGGUUGUAGACCAGUUUUUCACUGACAGUGAAGGGUUGCCUUACAGCAUCAACAUGAACGUCUUCCUCCCCGACAUCAGCCACCUGAGAACCGGCCUGUACAAAUCCCAGCGACCUUGUGUAACCCACAUCAAGACAGAGCCAGUCGCCGUCUUCAGUCACCAGAGCGAAACUACUGCCCCUGCCCCCCCCACUCAGGCCCUCCCCGAAUUUACCAGCAUCUUCAGCUCCCACCAGACCCCUGAUGUGAACAACAUUUUCAUCAAGCAGGAGCUUCCUACUCCAGACGUUCAUCUUUCUGUCACACCCCAGCAAGGCCAGUUGUAUCAGCUCCUGAGCUCACCGGAUUUAGAUAUGCCCAACACUACUACUCAGGCAGCCGUGAUGGACUCCCUUAACAAUGUCUCCAUGCCAUCAGCUAUGACGGGCCUUAACACGCUCUCCUCGGCUGUUCCACAGACUGCGAUGAAACAGUUCCAGGGCAUUCCCCCCUGCACCUACACCAUGCCAAACCAGUUUCUGCAGCAGCAGGCCACUUAUUUCCCUCCUUCCCCUCCAAGCUCUGAGCCUGGAAGUCCAGACAGACAAGCAGAGAUGCUGCAGAAUUUAACCCCUCCUCCGUCAUACGCCGCAACUAUAGCUUCCAAGCUGGCAAUUCACAAUCCGAAUUUACCAGCAGCUUUGCCCAUAACCCCCCAGAACAUCCAACCAGUCAGAUACAACAGGAGAAGUAACCCAGAUUUGGAGAAAAGACGUAUCCACUACUGUGACUAUCCCGGCUGCACAAAAGUUUAUACGAAGUCUUCGCACUUAAAAGCGCACCUGAGAACUCACACGGGUGAGAAGCCAUACAAGUGCACGUGGGAGGGCUGCGACUGGCGAUUCGCUCGCUCGGAUGAAUUAACGCGCCACUACAGGAAGCACACGGGGGCAAAGCCCUUCCAGUGUGCGGUCUGCAAUCGCAGCUUCUCCCGCUCUGACCACCUGGCUCUCCACAUGAAGAGGCAUCAGAACUGAAAGCUGGACUUGUCGUUGAGGCUGUUUUGUAUCUAUGCAAUUUCCUAUUGACUCUCGACGUGCAACUAAAGUUAGUUUAAUUUUUGAGUAUGGGUUACCCAUUUAAAAGAAAUCUCGAAAGAAACUGGAAAUGUAUAUUUUGUAUAUUUAUGCAGAAAAAGGGAAGACACUGUAUCACAGUACCAGAGUGUUCAGUCAUUUGUUUGCUCUCAUGAUGUAUAUGGCUUUAGUCAGCAGGUUACAUCUCUUCACAAGUAUUAUGUCUUGACACAUUGCAGCUUUAUACAUUUUUUUUUUCCUCUUGCCGUGUUUUGACCAAAGCACUGUCAUUAUUGUGACAAUGUUUAGUAAACAAAUUAAUGAGAGGCUGCAGGUGAAUAAACACAGUGGAAAAGCCAUGAAUUGUAAUCUGUCAGGUUUUUACUGGACAUACUUAGUACUUGUGGGGGUUUUUCUUAAACAUUAAGUCAUUCUGUGGAAAAAGCUACAUAGAAAAAUUCAUAAACAGCCAUAGAACAAACAUUUUGUUCUGUAUGUUGCAUGUUUGCUAUGACAAAGAUUUUGUAAAUAUGCAAAUCAGCUUUUUAGGUUUAAUACAAAAAGUUUUCUAAGAAUCAUCUGAGAAAAGGCAGUUGUUUUACAUUUGAUAACAUGGCACAUUUACAGAAAAAAAGUUAUUUAAAUACCUCUCAAAACUAUACUGACUCAGCUUCGUUUUUCUUCAGAGAAAUGAGCUAGACAUUCAGAUGUGUUGUACCUGUUAACUAAAAUGGUGUGCACUGAAUAUUCAAACACAAUUUUGUUUUCAAGUUGCUUAAAAGGGCAAAGACAUGGAGAAUGAAUCGUAAAGUCAUCAUUGGAAGCUUAACUAACGGGGAUAGUUGCAAGGAACACAGAAUGUUAAACCUCUUACUAUAAGCUAAACUUAGUAUCACUUUAAAAAGAAGGAUUUAGGAUGCAAUUUUCAUAUACAGACGCGUUAAGCUGGUUCAGCACCAGUGUGAUCUAGUUUUGUGUGGCUAUUGCAUGUAAUUUCCUAGAAGGUAAGGAUACAGUAAUUUUGUGUCAAAUUACAGCACAGUCUAGUUAAUCCACUGUUGAGAUUGACACACGCAGGGGAAAACUUACUGCUGACAAAAGUAGCUGAAACUCCACUGAAGACAGUGAGGCAGUGCCCUUUUAUGCUAACAAUGACUUUGAUCCACCAUGUUCAGCCUAGAAAUAGUAGAUGGAGGGCCAAACAUGAGGUUAGACCAUGUAGGAUUUGGCCAGGCAACAGGAGAAAACCAAACAAACUUAGGAAGUGUCUGGACUUCACAAGCUGUAACAUUAAGCUGUCAACCAAAGGCUAGAAUAGACAAUCAAAAUACCAAAAAAAGGAUCUUGCAGGAAAACCUAGCUUUGUUAAAACUGUUGUUUGUCUUUAUUUAUUUGUGGUAUAUGAUAGACUCUCCUUUUUUUUAAGACAAUUUUACAUAUACUUGAUAAAUUAUAGUUUUGUUUGUUAUAGUUAGAAAUGUUGCUCUUAAUGUAAAUAGUUGACAAACGAUGUAAAUAAUUUUGUAAGGCUUCAAAUGUUUGUACAUGGAAACAUGCAGAAAUUGGUUGCUGUUUUGCUUCUUUUGCCUCCCCUCCCCCCCCCCUUAUUUUUGUAUUGUGGUAUUUCCUAUGCAAAUGAUGGAGCAAACAGCUGUAUAGUUGUAGAAUGUUUUGAGAGAGAAUGAAAUGGUUUAUAUAUAAAGACUUUUUUUUUUUUUGCAAAAUAAAACAAAGUGCCUAAUG